AUGGGUGCGAAACCUCCCGAGAGGGAGGGAGAGUGUAUCUAUAUUGAAUUGUUUUCAAUCUUCUUUUAUUAUUCACGUGCACUGUCUUCAAAGACACAAUCCACAUCCUCAUUGCACGGUGACGAAUACGAAGCCGGUCGUCCAUCAACGAGUGAAACAUCAAAAGCUGAACGAAGAUCACUCGAAUCUGUGGGACAAGAAAACACAGUCGUGCAACAAGCGCAGACAAACGCAGUGCCAGUACCAUCAGCUGCACCAGCACAGGAGUCCAGGGACAAUGAGAAUCGAGCAGAGCCAACGAACCAAGUAGAAUCAUCUGUCCCGGGGUGUACAAUCAACACAACUUCCGUCCACGAAGAUAGUUCUUCCAGAGACAUGACUAAACUUGACCCGGUCCUACGAGAUCUACAAUCGGCAUCGAGUCACGAAAAGUUAACUGAUUCUGGCAUCGAGACUGCUGGAGAGGAUCGCACUAAUUCGACCGGUGGUUGGCAAGAUGUGACCGAAUUCGGCUGGACAUUGCGCGGUCAAGAACUUUCGGUUGUGAAUUGCACGGUUUCCGCUGCACAAAUCGUGUUCCCGAUUUCCACUAGCCGUCUUGGACGUUUGGAAUUAGUGCUCGAGUCAUAG